UGUCUUUUUUUUCCUUCCAAGUUAUUGCCAAAAAUUAUUUGGAAACCUUGUGGUCUGUUUCUGUGCAUUGUUCUCUUGGCAGGAAGAACUGAAUAAGCACAGCUUUCCCACACCGAAUGUUGAGCUUCAGGGCUGUUUUAAGGGCUUUUUGUUGUUGUUGUUGAAUGAAUGGAGAUCUUUUGAAUAGGGCUGAAAAACAAAAGAUGCAUUAUGCAUUAUGCUGAUUGUGCCCUGUGAAUAAUGUGGUAAGAAUGCCAUAGAUAAGGAUUAGAAAGACCAUCUGAGAAUCGAGAUACUAUACAUAUUUGUUGAUUAUUCCCAGAUGUUGUGCAUGCAUUUUCUUCUUCUACUCCAUAAUUGGGGCUAUGAAUAAUUCUGUAUGUUCACCUUGUAAAAUGCCCCCCAAAAUAAAAUCCCUGGAAUAGCACAGGAAUUGUCUUGGAAUCAGGCUCAGGAACAUUGCAUGUUUGUGUUGUUUUGUUUUAAUGUGGAUAGUAUACUUUGCUCAUAGACGCAUUUUCUGGGACUAAAAAAAAAAAAAUUCUGUUUGAGAUAUUCAUUUCUGGACUUUUAGGGAAACAGGAGUUCUAAAUUCUGAGAAAAGAGACAAAGGCUUCUUGGGGGAAAGAGGGUAGUUAGAGGUAGUUUGUUUGUAAAGCAUGCUUUAUUUAAAUAGGAAACCCCCACACCUGGGAGUAGGGGGUUUUCUGUUUGCAUCAGGCAUGCAGAUGGCAGGUAAACAUCUUGAUAGUCAUUUGAGUGUGAUAAGGAUCACUCAGGUGGCUGUGGAUCAGGGAGUUAGUUGAGGGACAACAGUUGAGGUGAGCAGUUAAGUCCACCAAGAUUAAAAGGAACACAAAGAGAACUCAUUUGUCUCUUACAUGCAGCACGUGAAGUUAAAGCACAGAAUUUAAGGAUACCUGUGCAGUCGGAACUUGGACUUUUGAAACAAAAAGUACUUAUGAGCAAGCUGAUAGGUUUUAAAGUGUUUUAGAAACUAAUAUAUGAACAUGAGACUUCCUGAAAUUUUGCAGUUGGAUAGCAUGGAUUAGUGCCAGGAUUGCCAUUCAUAUGAAAUUGUGAUUGCCACGGUUAUUGCAGAAAAGUGAAUGAUAAAGGGGACUUUGCAGCCUGGCAGUGCCACGUAUUAUCUGUGUAAACUUGGGAAAAGUAAAUUCGUAUCCCUAAGCCUCAGUUUUCUUCUCUAUAAAAUGGGGGUAACAGGAGCAACAUUGUGGCACAAUUCUAAGCAUUCAUACUCCAUGUGUUAGGGAUUGUUUUUAUUUAUAAGAAACUGGACUAUUUAUAGUGGCCCUCCCAUCCUUUGUCUUAUCAUUACAACAGCCCAGUGAGACUCUCAGAGUCUUUUUAUUCCCAGCUUGCAGAUGAAGAAACCAUGGCUCAUUGAGAGAAAGAAAAAUACUACAUAAUAAACCAUUCUGCAUUUUUUUCUGAUCUUAAGGAGCAUAGAAAAAAAUUAAUGUGACUAAAAUAACUCCCAGCAGCAAGCAAUUAUUCUUAUAAAUUAAUUAAAAUACAAAAUGUUAAGUGUGUCAAAGGACCUAGGAUAUUCUCUCUCUCUUUUUUUUAAACAAAGUUAAUUGCGCUUAUGUCUUUUUCCUAGAGAGGAAUAUAGAAGUAGCAUUAAUUUACUUUUUACUGGUUCCUAUUGAUAGGAGCUCUAAUCCACUGCAUAGAUUUAAAUUUUAAAGCCUUAUCUUCCUCAAAUUUCUCUCAGCCCCAAGAGAAGAAUCGGGUUUGAUGUUACAGAUAUUUGCUGAGCAGAAACCUGAGUCACCUGGGGGCUGGGAGUUCCACAGUGUGCAGAAGCCAGCCAGGAGUUGAUCACACUGUCCCUUUACUCCCUUUGUGUUCUGGAUGUUGGCACCUCUUCCCUUGUCUUCAUCCCAGACGGAUACACAGCCCAUAAUUAUAUUCUGCAUCCAUUGUGUGGAAGACACAAAUAUGUUUUUCAUUGUGUUAUUUUUAGUAGUCGUGUUUCUAGCCAGGGAAAAUACUCUAUUAGUUCCAGAGUUUUUCUAGCGACUUUUCUAAUUUUUCCAUGUUACGCUAUUUGGAAUGAUUCAGGUUCCGUACUGCUGCAAGGAGGGUCUUUUAGCAGAAGUCUUGGGUGGGCCCAUCAAGUGGGAUUCUAAUGGACAGCUUUUGACAGACAUCUGAACCGCCAAGGCUGAGCCCAUUCAUUGGCAGAUAACCUCAGUGGUCAGAUGAAUUCGGCUGUGAGGCUGGCUCCAACUCUGGUUAUCUUAUCUCAAGGGCAGAUCUAGAAGUCUGAAAUCAAAUAUGUAUUUCAUUCAAAGUUUCAGAACCGCAAAUCAGCAAUUGUGAGGUGGAAAGAGAGCCAGGAAAUCUAACAGCAAUAGGGUACCAAUAUUCCAAAUAGGUUGGAAUCACUAAUGAACAUUCUUACUCUUUUUUUUUUUAAAUCCUGCAGACCAUGCUUUAAAACUCCAUUGAAACUUCAUAUUGCACAUACUUGUUGUGGUGAUCAGAGAUCUCUUUGGUCAGUAAGCAGAGAUGAGCUCCAGAAGUGCACUUUGCACCAGGACUUAGGGAAGACUUGGGUAGUCAGAGGAUCCCUGCUCAGGGGUUGAAGAAUUGGGUGGCAGGCACUGGAAUCCGGGAUCCAUUCCUCAUUCAUAGCAUAAAACCCCUACAGGUUUGUUCAUAUUCUAAAUAAAUACAGCAUCUGAAUUUUAAAAGUUUCUUCAUAAAGGAGAUAGCGAUCUUUAAGUAUUACAUUAUUCUCUUGUAAAAAAAAAACUGUUUUGAAAUUCUCAUGUAAGUUAUUUGUAAGUCAUUUCUUCAAAAAGAAAGAAUCUCCCAGUGCCAGAAAUGGAUCUAGAAAUUUCUCUCAGGCUGGCUGUUGAGGAAUCAGAGAGUAGAAAGUUCUCCUGAACUCCAUCAGAAACACCCCCAGUUUUACUUUUGUGUGUGUGUGCAGGGUCUCACAUGUACCUAGCAAGUGCUCUAGGCAGAGCUACACCUGCAGCCCUGAAGGCAGGAUUCUGUCACUAAAUCUGCUCUCCCUCAUGGUUUCAUAACCAAAGAGAUAAGCCCCAGCUUGGUUCAUUAUGACAGUUGUGUGAUGUUAGGGCAGCUGGCGGUCUUGAGACCUGUGGGAUGUCUUGGGAAGAGUGCAAUCAGAAUGGCUUUAAGUGGGCCAGGAUGAGCUUUAUCCUAAAGACAGGAAACUCUGCUGCUUUUGUUUCCAGAAAACAGACCAAAUAGGCAGCAGAAACAACAUUCAGAUGCCCAGCUGUAUGAAUCACAAAAGCAAAUGUAAAAUAUUAUGCAUGUGGACAAAACCUUAACCAGGGCUUACUGAAAGUAGCUAAUUUAAUGGGAUACAUGAAUUCUGUCAGUCAGUACAGGUUGAUGUUAGCAUCUGUUGGCUCUGAUGGCCCCAGAAUUCUGCAUUGCAGUUUAAUUUCACAGCUCGUUUCUAUUGUGUGAUUUUACCUUCCAUUCCUUUCUGUUUGCUCAUGAUUAAGCAAGUGAAGUAAGAAAGGUAUUUCCCACUCUUAGUUUUAUUAGGGCUGGUAAAUGCAGAUGAUCAUGUUGACCAUAAAACUAAUGGUGAGAGUCCUCUGCACUGUGGGCUUUCCUGGGCUCUUUGCCCCUGCUUUGUUGUGAUCAAGUAAGAUGAAGAAAGCCAAGGCCCAGUCACAGAGAUGCUCUAUAGGACUGCCACAUGGUGCCAUAGACUUUUCCGAGAGGACUUUCUUUGACCAUACUGUUUGCCAUUCAGAAGCAAAGCAGGCUGCCGCCUCCUGUUUUGGAAUGGCUGAGAGAACAGAGAACCAGAUGGACCCUUGGUCAUUUUCUCUCUUUGACAUUAAAAAAUAUUGGUGGAUACCCCUCAGAAUAUCAAGGAGGAUGUCAGGUCUCAUUUACAUAGUAGUCAUUACUAAGAAAAACAUGCUGUAGCCGUUAUUUGGCUUGUCAUUCCAGAAGGACAGGUUUGUUGUUUUGUCAUUUUGCACUGAGAAAGGUUAUAUAAACUCCUUUUUUUUUAACUGUAUUAUUAUUUGGUUCCCUUCUCAGGUUAAUUUUUAAGACUCCAGAAGAAAGCAAAUUCCAACCAAUUGCUUCAUAAAGGACAAUUUUCAGUUUCUUCUUUGUGGGGUGUGUGGGUGUGGAUGUAUGUGUUUAUGACUUCGAGAAUAGCACAAACUCUUAUUUAAAACUCUUCUCUCUUCAGAGCAAUUAUAACUGUGGCUCCAUAAUAUAUUAACUUGACCCAUUUUUAAUUGCUCUUUAGAUUGCUUUUUUUUUCCUUUCCCUAUUAUGAAUAGUACUGCACUGAUCCUCUUUGGAACGAUGCACAUGUCAGCACAUCAGAAGGACAAAUUUCUUGAUGUCAAAUUGGAUUACUAGAGUUGAAAGGUAUCGCCCAAUUUUCUCUAUAAAAGACUCACCAAUUUAUCGUAUCAAUAGGAAUGUCACAGAGGAUGUUCUGGCACAUUCAUGUAAUGCAGUUCACUGCAGUCAUGGCAAUACGUGAAGGAGACCCUCCAUCCACAUAUGGACACAUAACUAAUCAUGCUACACAAGCAGUAUGAGCUACAGAGCAAUAUAGAUAACAGGAUCCUAUUUAUUUUAAAAAGGGUCUUUUUAAAAGGUCUUUAAAAAGGUCUGUAGGACCCUAUUGUAUGAGAAAGCAUAUACAUUUUCUGUAUACUUAUCUAGACCUUAAAAUUUCCUAAAAUGAUGUCAUAUCAUAGAGAGGAACUAGCAAGCUGUGAGAAGCAAGUUUUAUUAAUUUCUGUAUUUCUCUACUAUGUACAUUUUUACCACAGACAUGUAAUACUUUGAUACUUAAAAACUAGUUUUAAAUGAAACCAAUUAUAUAAAACUAUAAUGCACUAAUAAAAACAUAAAUUAAAAACAGAAUACAACUAGUUGCCCUGGAGUAUAGCAUGUGUUCUUUUGAGGUAAGCCUGCAGUUUCCAGGUAGGCUGAGAAAAGUGACUUCAUGUCAUGUAUCAAAGCAGGUGUAUGUUUAUACUGGUGGAGUUGUCCCUUCAAGAGGGAAGCAGGUCUCUCCUCUGUCCUUCUUUAUAGAAGCAGCCGCCUCUGAUGUCUUCCCUAAAUGAGUUUAUUCCAAUUAGAAUCCCUCCUUUCUAAACAAAUCCUGUUUUGCAUUCCAAGUAUCAGGUGUGUUUGAUUUAAAUGUUUUUAAGUUGCUGGUACUUUUCAACAAAUACAAAAACUCAUCUUUGUAGGGCAGGGCAUCUUUUGACCCAAUGUACAAAAUAUCUCUUUAUAACUAAAUCCCACCCCUUACCAAGGUACUAAGAAUCUACUGUAGAUAAAGGCUGUUUAGGUUUCUGUAGGAAGUCCAAACCUGUAUAUUGAUGAUUCUGUUUCCUAAGUGAAAAUAACAACCGUUUUCAUAUACAGAAUAUUUAGAUUUGCAAAGACUGUUAAGCUCUUUUUUGUUUACCACAGAGCAAGUCAAGAAUAGAAGGCACACUGUCAGAGGAUGUCUUAUGAAAGGAAAGAAACAACACAUGUUAUACUCCCAAAUCACCAAGCAAAGUCUUAGACGUGGUUUUAAACUCCAACUCCUCUUUAAUUCAGAUGCACAGAAAGCAGUCAAACCUCAAGUGUAGGGGGUUUGAUUUGUUAGCACAAAUCCCAGUAACUAUCUUCACUGUAAUUAAACUCUUCUUCCUUCCUCCUUCUCAAAAGCUACUUCUGAAACUUUGCACUUUCCCUAAAUAUAGUAUUAUUUUUUUAACUUCAUAAAAAUCUCAGUUCUGCAACUUACUGCAAAUAUUUGCAAAAGGGGAACACAUAUAAAAUAAAUGCCUCUUAAUAUAGUGUUUUGUGAAUAAACAUGCCUGGCAUUAGUUGGUUAACCUAAAAAUUAAUGAGAAACAACUCUGCUUAGAGGAAAAGAGGGUAAAACUGUGGCUGUGGUGUGCAAAUCAAGGGAAAGCUGCAAUUUAAGUAAUUCAAUUAAAGAGAACAUAAUUACCUUAGCCCCAGGUUGGAGGAAGGUCACUUUUUAGUCUAAUUGAACUUUUUCUGAAUCUUUAGAAAAAUGGGCCAAAUUUGCUAUAUCAUAGAUUAUCUACAAUAUUUUCUUCCUCCACAUAUUAAAUACCAUUGGCUAUGUAAGACAUAUAUAUCCAAAUCGUAUAUUCCUUUUUGCAUUCUAAUGUAAUACAAUAAAAAUUUUCCCUGUAUGCAUUCAAAUCUUUGCAAAUAAAUAUGGGUACUAGAAUCUCCAUAUUAUAUCACUUGCUAUAUGUCAGAAAGUUUCACACAAGUUAUUUCAAAUAUAAUUCUUUUUUUAAAAAGUUCUUAUUUAUAUGUAUGAAGAGAGACACAUGAAUAAAGCAACUAAGGUUCAGAAAAAUCUAGAAACUUGAUUCUUUAAGCAAAGGAAUAGGGAUUUGAACUCAGCAAUUCUGAUUCAGCCUAGGGCAUUUUUUCUGGGCUCCCUGAGGGGUGUGCUAUGAAAACUGUGGCUCUUUUUAUGAGGUUGGAUUUCCAAACACUAUAAUCAUGCUGGGAAUGAUUUACCACAUGCCUUUGUAGCCUGAAGUUCUCUUUGGCACCUCCUACCUUUACUUUUUUUUUUCCAUUUCAAUGACACACCAGAGGGUGGAGUUGAGCAACCUGAUGGAGUUGGAACAGCCAUCCUUUUGCUACUGAUUAGGAAUACUCUCAAAAAGGGAGGGAGGGAAGGAGAGCUUAGCUUAACCCUAAAGUCAAGCCUAAAGAUUACUGGUCAGGAAUGUCAAAAGCAUUUAUUAAGCAACCUUCUUCCUGGCAUUUUAGGAAGAAAGCCUCACGCACAGAUCAAAUCUCUUCCUUCGGAAACCUGUACUCUGUGAACAGGCCCUCAGAUUUCACCUCAAAGAAAGAACAAUUGACAGUUCACGGGAUUUAACAGCAUGGCGCCAUUCAUAUAUUUUGAGCAGUUGCAAUCAUGUGGAUUGCAAAGUGCUUACUGGAAUUAGAGACAAAUGGGGCAACUUUCAGAGGUUUAGACAUAAGAAUAGAUUGGCAGGUAUCUGUCUUGGGGCCAGGGUCUUCAGAAACACCUGCUCAAUGACUUCUGCAAAUUUCAAUAAAACACUAAAAUGUGGUUAUGCGUAUAGCUCAGUGGUAGAGUACACACUUUGCAUGCUUUAGGGCCCUGAGUUUGGUCGUCAGCACUAUAAAAAAUAAAUAAAAGAGUCAAAACGGACAAAACCACUAAUGCUUUGAAUGGCUUAGAAUUAGGCAUUUUCACCUAAAAAUCAAAUUUCUUACAUCCUGACCAAAAAAAAAAAGAAAAGAAAAAGAAAAAAAAAUCAUAUGGUCAAGAAACACCAUCAGAAUCUUUGGUAGCACUAAGUAGCAGCCGCCCCAGUAAUAUGGGGAUGUAGACUCCGGGGUGCACUUUAACCCCCCAGUCUCUGUCCACACCUGCUAUCCUUACCUGUUUGAUUCUACUAUAGACUAUGACCCUAACCUAAUGUUUUUGUAGGCUUUCUCCAAGAAAUAGUGCAAGAGAUGAGAGGGAUCUUACCUUUGUUCUUGGCCAGACUUAGCUUUAAGAACUGGUUCUACCACUUACUAUUUGUGUGGUCUUGAGCAAACCUGAUCUAAGUAAGCUUCCACUUCUGCAUCUGAAAAAAAGGGCUGAGAACUCCUACCCAGCAAAUUGGUUUGCAGAUCAGAGGCCUUAUAUGAGAAGUACUUAACACAGUACCAGGCAUGUGGUAGAAGCUCAGUACAUGGCAGCAAGUAUAAUGGAAACAUCUCCUGAAACAUUUUGUGAGAAAAGGUCAAUUUCUGCCCAAUCAGUGACUUAAGUUCAAGGUGGAAAGGUUCUUUGAAUAUAUGAUGGGAGUCAUCUUAAUUUCAUGGAGAAGAAUCCAAAGUUAGAAGAGUUGACUAGUACAAGAUUACUCCAUUACUUAAAGGCAAACGGUUUCAGAACCAGUGGCUUUGACUUUCCAUGGAUCCAUGAAAAGGCCUUAGAAUGUGGCUUUGAUGUUUAACUAUGUGAAAUUAUGCUAAUUGAAUUUUAAGUGAAAAUAAUUUUGAAUAACAUUAAGAUGGUACAGCAACAUGUGAUCUGUUUGAUUUAGGAAAAAAAAAAAAAAACUCAACCAUUUAUUCAUUUAGCACUGAAACUUUAGUUCAAAUAGGUCUUGCACCGGACACAGGGAAUACACUACAUGAGAUGACAGGAUCACUCACUUCCUUCACAGAGCUUAGAAUCUAAUGGGAGAAGGCAGAGAAGAAAGCAUAGUUCUCCAUCCUCAUCCAUGGUUUCACUUUCUAUAGUUUCAUUUCCCCUGCUAUCAACUUCAGUCUGAAAAUAUUAAAAUCCUAGAAAUAGACAAUUCAAAACUUUAAAAUUGUAUCACACUCUGAGUAGCAUGAUAAAAUCUUGUACCUGCCAGGAUGUGAAAUGUCCCUUUGUCCAGUGUAUCCAAAUUGUAUAUGCUACCCUCCCAUUAGUCACUUAUUAGUUAUCUUGGUUAUCAGAUUAACUACCAUAAUAUCAUAUUACUUGUGUUCAGAUAACCUUUAUUUUACUGACUAAUGGCCCCAAAGCACAAGAGUCAUGCUGGUUGGCAAUUUGAAUAUGUUGAAGAGGAAAAAAAUAUAUAUAAUAGUUUAUAUAUUCAGUACUAUCCAUGGUUUCAAGAAGCCACUGCUGAGGGGCUUGCCAUGAAGGAAAUAAAAGAGUUACAUGAGAAAGAAGCCAGGUAAGAAAACAGGCUAGGCAAAUAAUGGGCAUGUUUUUCAGGAAGAAGAGUAGCAAGUGCAUGGACCCCAAGGCAGGAAGAGACUUGUCUGUUGAAUGACUCAGAUGACAUGAAAGAGGCAGCUGUAAUUAUAAAGCCACAGUUAGGACUUUGGAGUGCAUUCUUUGGGUAGUGUGAAGAUUUUAAGUAGGAGAGUGAUAAAAUAUUUUUAGCAUUUGUUCAAACAGUACACAGAAGUUCCUUUGAGUGGGUUGGGGGACACUUCUAACUAAGCCUGUCCUCUUUUUGGUCUCUGUGGCUGUCCUUAAAGGAGCCCUGUAGAACUAAUUCUAGGGCUCCCCAAAACACACUGUGGGCAGAUUACAGAAUCUUGAGGAGAUAUGAUUUGUGCCACAGGGUCUCAUACCUGGUGUCCAGGAGCACAAUGCAUCAUUCUUGUCAUUAGCCCAAAGGCUAAAUGUAGAUGUAUUUUUUUUUUCCCUCUAGUUCUAAAUCCAGUCAGAGCAGGUUACUAAAAUAUUUCCUCUUCACCAAAAAAAAAAAAAAAAAGAAAAGAAAAAGAAAAAAAAAAGCUAUACAUUGAUGCAGUAAUGUGAAAUGGGAUACAUUGUUAUGAAUCCUUGAGUUUGGAUUUUUCAAGUGACAUAAUGGUACAUCAAACCUUUGCCUUUUUAUCUGCUCUCAGUGGGAAAAAAAUAAAUAAUGUAUAUUUCAAGGAGCCAACUCUUAGUUUCUCCCCUGUCUUCGCUCAGACUGGGCAAUCAGAAUAUACCCAGUGAAGGUUGGCAGAACAGAUAAGCAAUGUAGGCACUGGUUUUUGCUUUUGUUUUGUUUGUUUUUGGUGCUGGGCAUUGAACCCAAGACCUUGUGCACAUACUAAGCCUGUGCUUUAUCACCAAGCUACACUCCCAGCCCCAGGACUGUGAGUUCCCACUAGCACCUUUAACACCUGGAAUCCAGGUUUCUGACUCUGACCUUUGAACAGCAUGUCUUGCUCUUCAGAAGCUGCCCUGUGACAGCAGCAGUCAGAUGCUGUGGGUGACCCAAACCUCACUAUCAAGAAUGUGGUGGGUCUCAGGCAUUUGUGUGUUAUAUCCCCCACCCCUUUAUUCUCCUGUUCUAGAAGUUCCAAAAUAGCAUAUUUUAGAGGCAGAUAUGGCCACAAGGGAUGCAGACUCACCAUGCGUACAUGGCUGUUCAGGCUCAAGCAAUUUGAACCAACACUGGCAUUGAGACAGUUGGUUAUUUGGCCACUUGAUGAUAAAGCCAUGAUCAAGGUUUUUUUUUUUUUUGGUGGGGGGGUAUGAAUUACAUAAAAAUCUGUCUCUAAUCUCACAUCGCUUGUGAAUAUUAACUGUCUCUGUAUAUACCUGCAAGCUGUAAGUGGCCCCUUCCCACCAUUCUGUUCACUUUAAUUUCUUCAGUGAUUGGCAUGUGGGUGGAGCCUAUUUGGUCAGGUGUGAUGUAUGAAAAAGAGUCACAUUCUUGCCUUCAUUUUUAUUUUUGGUUUUUUGUUUUUUGUUUGUUUUUUUUUGGUGUCUACAUCCGGAUUUACCUAAACCCCACCCCACCCAGUCCGCAUCUGCAUAGCAAUGAAAAACCAGUAUUUUCUACCUGUGAAUCACACUUCCAGUCCUGAGCCUGUCUGUCAGGACAGCUUGCUGGAAGGAAUGGGUAAGACUGAAGGCCGGCUAAGUGUGAAGGGGGCAGGUCCUGUCACUCUCGGGCCAGGCUCUUGACUGCUCUGAGAAGGUUAAAGGUCUGGCCGAUAGCCACUACUGGAUGUGGACAUGGAGCCUCCAGUCUGUCCUCUGGGGGAAAGGCCACAGAAGGAAGGAGGGCUCAUGUGUUUCUGCUGUCGGGGGCCCCGGAGUGCACCAGCCAGAAGCCAGACAAGAAGUCCCAAACUGUCUCAUAGUCCUCAACCUCCCAGUUUGAGUGACCCAGUCGAGCAUUUAUCAGAGACGUCCGGUGAUUCUUUGGAAGCCAUGUCUGAAGGGGAGGCGCCAAGUCCUUUUUCCAGAGGCAGCCGAACUCGUGCAAGCCUUCCUGUGGUGAGGUCAACCAACCAGACAAAAGAAAGAUCUCUGGGGGUUCUCUAUCUCCAGUACGGAGAUGAAACCAAGCAGCUCAGGAUGCCGAAUGAAAUCACAAGUGCAGACACGAUCCGUGCUCUCUUUGUAAGUGCCUUUCCACAGCAGCUCACCAUGAAAAUGCUGGAGUCGCCCAGUGUCGCCAUUUACAUCAAAGAUGAAAGCAGAAAUGUCUAUUAUGAAUUAAAUGAUGUAAGGAACAUUCAAGACAGAUCCCUCCUCAAAGUGUACAACAAGGAUCCUUCACACGCAUUCAGUCACACACCAAAAACUGUGAAUGGAGACCUGAGGAUGCAGAGAGAAAUUGUUUAUGCAAGAGGAGAUGGCCCUGGUGCCUCUCGACCUGGAUCCACAGCUCAUCCACCCCACGCAAUUCCCAGUUCUCCACCAUCCACUCCUGUGCCUCAUUCCAUGCCUCCCUCCCCAUCCAGAAUUCCUUAUGGCGGCACUCGCCCCAUGGUUGUUCCUGGCAAUGCCACCAUCCCCCGGGACAGACUCUCCAGCCUGCCGGUCUCCAGAUCCAUCUCACCAAGCCCAAGCGCCAUCUUAGAAAGAAGAGAUGUCAAGCCCGAUGAAGACAUGAGCAGCAAAAACAUCACGAUGUACAGAAACGAGGGUUUCUAUGCUGAUCCUUACCUCUAUCAUGAGGGAAGGAUGAGCAUAGCCUCAUCCCAUGGAGGGCACCCCCUGGAUGUCCCUGAUCACAUCAUUGCAUAUCACCGCACAGCGAUUCGGUCAGCGAGUGCUUAUUGUAACCCCUCCAUGCAAGCGGAAAUGCACAUGGAACAAUCACUGUACAGACAGAAAUCAAGGAAGUAUCCAGAUAGCCAUUUGCCCACUCUGGGCUCUAAAACACCCCCCGCCUCUCCUCACCGAGUUAGUGACCUGAGGAUGAUAGACAUGCACGCACAUCAUAAUGCUCACGGUCCCCCUCACACCAUGCAGCCAGACCUGGCCUCGCCAAGUCGUCAGUCCUUUAAAAAGGAACCAGGCACCUUGGUAUAUUUUGAAAAGCCCAGGAACACUCCAGGAUUAUCCGGCAUUGUGGACCUUGGCCCUCCUCUAGUUGAGAAGCAAGUUUUUGCCUACAGCACUGCUACAAUCCCCAAAGACAGAGAGACCAGAGAGAGGAUGCAAGCCAUGGAGAAGCAGAUUGCCAGUUUAACUGGCCUUGUUCAGUCUGCGCUUUUUAAAGGGCCCAUUACAAGUAGUAGCAAAGAUGCAUCUAGCGAGAAAAUGAUGAAAACGACAGCCAACAGGAACCACACAGAAAGUGCAGGAACUCCCCACAUUUCCGGAGGGAAGACUCUGGGCGCCCAAGAGGCCACCGUGCCGCCCAGCCAGCCCCUGCCUACAGGCGCCUCGGCCAUCCACAUGAGCCUGCUGGACAUGAAGCGAAGUGUGGCUGAACUCAAGCUCCAGCUCCAGCAGAUGAGACAGCUCCAGCUGCAGAACCAGGAGCUGCUGAGGGCCAUGAUGAAGAAGGCUGAGCUGGAAAUCAGUAGCAAAGUUGUGGAAACAAUGAAGAGGCUGGAGGAUCCGGUGCAGCGACAGCGCACCCUAGUGGAGCAAGAGAGACAAAAAUACCUCCACGAAGAGGAGAGGAUUGUCAAGAAGUUAUGUGAGCUGGAAGACUUUGUUGAAGACUUGAAGAAGGACUCUUCGUCCGCUGGCCGAGUGGUUACUCUCAAGGAUGUGGAAGAUGGGGCUUUCCUCCUAAGACAAGUGGGAGAAGCAGUAGCCACCCUGAAAGGAGAAUUUCCAACCUUACAAAACAAGAUGAGAGCCGUCCUGCGCAUAGAGGUCGAGGCCGUGCGGUUUCUGAAGGAGGAGCCACAUAAGCUGGACAGUCUCCUAAAACGUGUGCGCAGCAUGACAGACAUCCUGACCAUGCUGCGGAGACAUGUCACCGAUGGGCUCCUGAAGGGCACCGAUGCAGCCCAAGCCGCACAGUAUGUUGCUAUGGAAAAGGCCACAGCCGCCGAAGUCUUGAAGAACCAGGAGGAAGCAGCCCAUGGCCCCAGCCAGCCCUUCCAUGGCACGGGAGUCCCUGGCGAUGUGAAGUCGGAAGUGGUGCCUUUGUCCGGCAUGACCGUUCACCACGCGCAGAGCUCUCCUGUGGUCAUCCAGCCCUCCCAGCACUCCCUGGCCCUGCUGAACCCUGCCCAGAACUUGCCUGUCGGGACUGGUACCCACACAGCCAACCCUCCUGCAGUCACACAGGAAGUAACCUCUGCACUGCAGUCAGCUCCAGCCCCACAGUCCCCUCAGACACCCACGAAUGGUUCCACCAUGCAGAGCUUGUUCAUUGAGGAAAUCCACAGUGUGAGUGCCAAGAACAGGGCAGUGUCCAUUGAGAAAGCUGAAAGGAAAUGGGAAGAGAAAAGGCAAAAUCUGGACCAUUAUAAUGGGAAAGAGUUUGAGAAGCUCCUAGAAGAAGCUCAGGCCAACAUCAUGAAGUCAAUUCCAAACCUGGAGAUGCCACCAGCCUCGGCCCCAUUACCAAAGGGAGAUGCCCCAGUGGACAAGCUGGAACUCUCAGAAGACUCACCAAAUUCAGAACCAGACUUGGACAAGCUGGGGGGAAAGUCACCUCCUCCCCCUCCUCCACCUCCUCGGAGAAGUUACCUGCCCGGAUCGGGGCUCACUACCACGAGAUCUGGUGAUGUGGUCUACACUGGCAGGAAGGAGAUCACCACUACCAAGGCCAGUGGUGAAGAUGUUGGUUCAAGCCCACAGACAAGAGCCACAAAAUGUCCAGCAGAAGAGCCUGCUUCAGCCUGGGCCCCAUCCCCUCCACCAGUCACUGCAUCCUCCUUGAAAGAUGAGGAGGAAGAAGAAGAAGAAGGAGACAAAAUAAUGGCAGAACUCCAGGCAUUCCAGAAGUGUUCCUUUAUGGAAGUAAAUUCAAACAGUCAUGCUGAGCAGUCCCGGGUUGACAGUCACGCUAAAGACACUAGGCCAGGCGCCACAGUGCCACCCAAGGAGAAGAAGGGCAUUUUUGGAAGUUGGAGAACAAAGCAAUCCCAGAAUUUGGAAAUUUUCCAUGAAGAUGUACGGAAAUCUGAUGUUGAAUAUGACAAUGGUCCCCAAAUGGAAUUACAAAAGGUUACUGCAGGGGCUCUAAGACCUAGUGACCCUCCUCAGUGGGAAAGAGGAAUGGAGAAUAGUAUUUCUGAUGCAUCCAGAACAUCAGAAUGUAAAACUGACAUCUUAAUGAAGGAAAAUUCCAUUUCCAAUAAGAAUUUAUAUAGAGACAGUAGAAACUAUUCCCAGAAAAAUAUGCCAAAGGUCAGUUUCAGCUUCUCUGGCACGAACUCAUUAGAAGAUGAAAUAAUCCAAGGGCCCAAAGACUCAGGACUGCAGUACCCUGAGAAUCAGAAGUUGAAUUACGGAAAGACAAAGGAGAUGGGUGAACGAGGACCGGAAAAUACAGAUAAGUGUCAUGUUCCCUCCUCUGCCAGAUCAACAGAAUUGAAUAGUCAUGACAUCAGAACACAAGAUCAAGAUGGGCUCAUGACAAAUAUUAGCCAAGUUGUUCUAAGACCCAGAGGGACGAGGCAUGGAAACCUGAAUCCUCCUGAUGAUGGAGACUCAAUUCCAGGUUCUCCCACUGAAGAAAAUUCAGCCACUGACAACAUCGCCUUCAUGAUCACCAAAACCGCUGUCCAGGUGCUGUCCAGUGGGGAGGUCCAUGAUAUAGUGAGCCAAAAGGGACAAGAUGUGCAGACAGUCAACAUCGAUACCAAGAAAGAGACGACCUCCCACCCAGAGGUGACUGAAGGCGAAGAGCCGGUCGUGUGCCUAGACAAGAAACCAGUUAUCAUCAUUUUUGAUGAACCCAUGGACAUCCGGUCUGCAUAUAAGAGACUUUCCACCAUCUUUGAGGAAUGCGAUGAGGAAUUGGAGAGAAUGAUGACGGAAGAAAAGAUAGAGGAGGAGGAAGAAGAGGAAAAUGGAGACUCCGUAGUCAAGAAUGAUGCUUCCGACAUGUUUCCUACGCAGGUUGCCUCAGGAAGUCUGAUUGUGGGACAGCAGACAGAGAUGAAAUCGAAGCCACUCUCCCUAUCAGCAGAGACCAAGCCCCCGGCAGGACAGGCCAUGAACCAAACGGAGCCAAGCAAGUUGAGCCUGGCAGAUUCUCCAGAUUCUGAAAGCAAAGGGGACGUGGCCGAGGACCAAUUUGAAAGCCCCAAGAAAAAAUUUAAAUUCAAGUUCCCUAAAAAGCAACUUGCUGCUCUCACUCAGGCAAUCCGCACGGGAACCAAGACAGGCAAGAAGACCCUGCAGGUGGUGGUCUACGAGGAAGAGGAAGAGGAUGGCACUUUGAAACAGCACAAAGAAGCCAAGCGAUUUGAAAUCACCAGGUCUCAACCUGAAGACACCCUGAAAAAUAUGGCCAGGAGACAGGAGCAGCCCAGUUUAGAGAGCACAGUUCAGGUUUCAAGAACUGAUGAAAUUAGGAAAAAUACCUACAGAACAUUGGACAGUCUGGAGAAGACCAUCAAACAGCUUGAAAGUACGAUCAGUGAAAUGAGUCCCAAAGCCUUAGUUGAGACCUCGUGUUCCUCCAACAGAGAAUCUGUUGCAAGCUCAUCCCACACAGCCCACGAGGCCCCUCCCCGAAACUUGCUAGUUCUGGAUGAAGCCCCCCCUGCCCUAGAGCCCCCCACGUCAGUAUCUUCAGCUUCACGUAAGGGCUCCGGUGGGACCCCACAGACAAGCAGGAUGCCCGUCCCUAUGAGUUCCAAGAAUAGACCCGGAAGCCUGGACAAACCUGGCAAGCAAUCCAAACUGCAGGAUCCUCGCCAAUAUCGUCAGGCUAAUGGAAGUGCUAAGAAAGCUGUUGGGGACUGUAAGCCUACUUCCCCCUCCUUACCUGCUUCUAAGAUUCCAGCCCUUUCCCCCAGCUCUGGGAAAAGCAGUUCUCUGCCCUCUUCUAGUGGUGACAGCUCUAACCUUCCUAAUCCACCUGCUACUAAACCAUCGAUUACUUCUAACCCUCUCAGCCCUCAAACAGGACGAUCCACUCACUCCGCCUCCCUCAUCCCUUCUGUCUCUAAUGGCUCCUUAAAAUUUCAGAGCCCCCCUCACACAGGUAAAGGUCACCACCUUUCAUUCUCACUGCAGACUCAAAAUGGCCGAGCAGUCCCUCCUUCCUCUUCCUCCUCCUCCCCUCCCUCCCCUGCCUCCCCGACCUCCCUCAGCCAAGGUGCCAAGGGCAUCAGGACCAUCCAUACUCCCAGCCUCACCAGCUACAAGGCACAGAAUGGAAGUUCAAGCAAAGCCACCCCUUCCACAGCCAAGGAGACCUCUUAAAGGCCAAAUCCUGUUAGGCCCAAGUCGGAGUUACAUAUUUUGUUUUGUUUUGUUUUUCAUUUUUAGCAGUCUGCAACAACUGUUUUCACAAGAGAAUGUAACAUAUUGCUGUACUGUUUGAGGCUUAAUGACAAGUUUGUGCUAAAUACUGGAUUAAUAGAUCUCGGUAAAGCUUGUUUGUUUUUUACUUUGUUGCUGUUGUAACUACGUAGUGUUUACUGUCUAGAAUGACACCUGUCAAAUGGAGUGAGCAUGUUGCUACCAAAAAGAGAGUUUGGGGAGCGGACAGGGUGUGUGAGAGAUGGGGGAAACUGUAUUAAGCAUGUAAAACAUGUAUGAUUCCAGAACUUUAGUAUGUUUUGUAUAAAAAUAUUUUUCAUUACGGAGACUAGAAGUGAACAGAGAAAUACACAAGUGUGACUAUAUAAAUUGUAAAACAGAUACUAUAAUAUUUCCUUUUAUUUUAGUGUUAUUUAGCUUUAUUACAGAUUUCUAUUUUUGUCAAAACUUCAUGGUUCCUUUCAAGAUCUUUUUUGCCAAAACAUUUUGAUACUAUAGCAUUGUACAUUUGAAAGUAGUGUGCUAGACUCUAAGCCAAUGAACUUCUACGCAAGCCAAUAGGGAGGCUUCUGUAGAAAGCAGUUUAUCAAAACUAUUGCACUGCCAUUAAAAGUAUGUAUAAUAAUUUGCUAGCCCAAGUAAGCUUGUUUUCUUUGCUUUUUUUUUCUUUUCUUUUUGUUUUUCUUUUAAACAUGUUGAGAUUCUCUGGUUGUUUUCUUUACAGUUUCGAACCCCUUCCUUCAUUUUCUGAGACCUGGUAACCCACACUAUUGCAUUGUGGAUUUUAAAAUGUACACUUCUGUACGGUUCUGUAAACUGAUCAACUUUUGUAAAUAUAUAAAUAGACAAAAAUACUGUAUGUGAUAGCACAUAGAGUAGUUUUCCCACACCAAAGUUAAUUUUUAUGCAUGCUUUAAGAAGAUAUAUUGGAAUGGGCAGAAAUGGGGCUAUCCAUACAUUUUUAAAAAGCAACGAGUUUGCACAGCUAGAGUGUUUUGUAAAUAAAUGUAUUUGUAUAACACAGUCAUGUAAUAUACAGAACUAUGAGCAGAGACUUUGCAAAACUAAAUAAAGGGCUGCAUGCUUAUUAUUUUUUGUACCUUGUCACUAUAACUACUUCCGAGUCUAAGAACAAAAUGUAACUAUUACCAAGUUAAGUGUUUUGGGCUUUGAGGGCAUUAUAAGUAACAUGUAACUCAACAACCUCUCAGACAACACUGCUUUUCUGAAAACUCUGGGGUGACUAAUGAUGAGUUCCUAAUAAAUUAAAUGCAAGUGUCGUAACUUGUAUGUAA